GUGUUAGAUUGACACAUCACUUGAGUUUAUAUUUGAUAGCGUGAGGAACAGAGGGCUUGGAACUUGUGAAGGGUUAAUUCUAUACACUGAAGGACGGAUGGAGAAAGGGAAUAACUGAUGGACUGAUUUAAAUCAAAACUACAGAUAGAACGAUUUUUUUUGCUGAUUGUGUUCAGUUCUACCGGCAAAAUAAGAAGUUAAUUCAAGCACUCCGGCCAUCAUCAUGCUUGGUGAGGCAUUCCUCCAUGUCCUGAACUACACUGAGGAAAACCCUGAACGCACAGCCCACUCUAAGCCGAACACACACACGUUGUUGCGCACACAUUCACGCACCGUUCCUCCUCCGAAAACUGCAGCGACUCACCUGAGCUCCAGAUCGCCCCGGACGCCCCGGACUCUGCGAGCCAGUCGGCCUGAAGGCCCUGAGAAGCCUGGGCCUUGCCUGACCUCACUGCCCAGUAUGGCUCUCCCAAUCCCCAGCAGCAGCGCAGAGGAUCUCUGGGACCUGCAGCUCUACAGCUCCUCGUACUGCCCAAGCUUUUACAAAGCUUACCCAGACCUGCAGCUAGCAGGAGGCACGGUGGGUCCCCUGGACCCGACUCCACAAUCCCAUGGCCCUCUGCUGAACUCUGAGGAUCUCGGCUUCCUGGAUGCCUCGAUGGAGCCCGGGGAGCAGGUAGAAGACCACAGCGAGGCAGACGAGGGUUACCUGGUCAUAGAGAGCAUGAGAAGCCUCGGGAAGCAGCAGAGGCUCACCAACUCCAUGCUGAACAGCAUUCUGGAGACACAGCUGAGGGAGGUCUAUCGGCAGCACAUGCAGGACAGCCUGGCCCGGUGUAGCUCGUCCUCGCUUAGCGCUAGCGUCGUGCCAGGAAUCUGCGGCAAUCUCAGGAACGCGAGCACUCAGGGGAGCGAGCUGCACUCCAGCCAAAGCCAGAGCAGCGUCAGAUACCUGAGCACGUGUUCGGCCCCGCCGACGUCACACUUUAGCACACCUAUGCUGCGCAUUUCAUACCAACAAGAGCCUGAAUCCUGAACACACACACAGGUCAAUAUCAACGGAAUCUAUGCUUCUGGUUCUUUAUUUUUAUUUUAAAAAAAGACAGUAUUUUGGUUACAUGUUAGUGAUAAGAAAGCAGUAAGUUCAAACUUUUAGUGUUAUUAGUGUUAAGCUUUGAUUGCCAAUAUAUAUAAUAUAAUAUAUAAUGUCAAUAUAAUAGAUCAUCCUUAUAAAUGUAAAGUAAAAUGCAACAAGUGCAAGAAAGCUCAUUUCAUCUCUUACAUUUUCCCUCAUUUUCCGUAGCAAUUACUUCCUUUAUUGUUAUUAUUAUUUACAUGUCUUUAAUCACUGCAUGUUGCUGAUUACUGAAAACUCUGAUUACUUGUAAGUUUCCAAUUAAAUGACACUUUUACAGACGA